AUGGCGAUCAAAGAUGGUGGAAAGAAACACGGCCAAAUUCCAGGCCCCAAAGGUAGUACAUCAAUUCGAUGCAAAAGUACCACACCACUAACCAUCCAAGGCCUUCCUGUACUCGGUAACCUCUUCGAUCUCGACCUCAACGACUCCCUCACAUCUUUAAUAAACAUGGGUCAAAAAUACGCCCCCAUCUUCUCCCUAGAACUCGCCGGCCACAGAGAGAUCAUGGUAUGCAGUCGCGACCUCCUCAACGAACUAUGCGACGAAACAAGAUUCCACAAACUCGUGACAGGAGGUGUUCAUAAGCUGCGUCCUUUGGCUGGAGAUGGUCUCUUCACAGCACAACAUGGCAACCACGAAUGGGGAAUUGCACAUCGCAUUCUCAUGCCGCUUUUUGGCCCUCUCAAAAUUCGGGAUAUGUUUGAUGACAUGCAAGAUGUUUCCGAGCAACUAUGUCUCAAGUGGGCUCGUCUAGGACCUUCAGCAACCAUCGAUGUAGCCAACGACUUCACCCGCCUCACACUAGAUACCAUCGCCCUAUGCACGAUGGGUUACCGUUUCAACAGCUUUUACAGCAACGAGAAGAUGCAUCCAUUUGUGGACAGUAUGGUCGCCGCCCUCAUCGACGCCGACAAGCAAGCCAUGUUUCCCGAUUUCAUUGGUGCAUGCAGAGUAAAGGCACUGGCUGCAUUCCGCAAGCACACCGCCACUAUGAAGAACACAUGCAAUGAUCUCAUUCAGGCACGACGCAAGAACCCUGUCCAGGGAACCGACCUACUGACUGCCAUGAUGGAAGGCAAAGACCCAAAGACAGGGGAGGGCAUGAGCGACGAUUUGAUCAUUCAGAAUCUCAUCACUUUCCUCAUUGCUGGACAUGAGACCACCUCUGGGCUUUUGUCAUUUGCAUUUUACUAUCUUCUCGAAAAUCCUCGUACUCUUGAGAAGGCGAGGGCGGAAGUUGAUGAAGUUGUUGGCGAUCAGAGCUUGAACGUUGAUCAUCUUGCAAAGAUGCCAUACGUCAAUAUGGUCCUCAGAGAGACUCUUCGCCUGAUGCCCACUGCGCCAGGUUUCUAUGUCACACCCGAAAAAGACGAGGUUCUUGGUGGUCAGUACUCUGUCGCUGCUAACGAGCCAUUGUUCUGUUUCCUCCAUCUCGUUCAUCGCGACCCUAAAGUCUGGGGCCCUGAUGCCGAGGAGUUUAAACCUGAGCGCAUGGCGGAUGAGUUCUUUGAGGCAUUGCCCAAGAAUGCUUGGAAGCCUUUCGGUAACGGAAUGCGAGGUUGCAUCGGUCGCGAGUUUGCCUGGCAAGAAGCUAAGCUGAUAACCGUCAUGAUUCUCCAAAACUUUGACCUCUCGAAGGCUGAUCCUAGCUACAAGCUCAAGAUCAAGCAGUCACUCACUAUCAAGCCUGACGGUUUCAACAUGCAUGUCAAGCUCCGCAACGACCGAAAGGUUUCCGGUCUAUUCAAGGCUCCCAGUCUAUCAAGCCAGCAGCCCAGCUUGUCCAGCCGUCAAAGCAUCAGCCCAAUCAACGCUAAGGACUUGAAGCCCAUCUCCAUCUUCUAUGGAUCCAACACCGGAACCUGUGAAGCACUGGCUCAAAAGCUCUCUGCUGAUUGCGUCGCUUCUGGAUUCAUGCCUUCAAAGCCUUUGCCUCUAGACAUGGCCACGAACAAUCUUUCCAAAGACGGACCAAACAUCUUGCUCGCUGCUUCGUACGACGGAAGGCCUUCCGACAACGCUGAAGAGUUUACGAAGUGGGCCGAGUCGCUCAAGCCUGGACAAUUGGAGGGUAUCCAAUUUGCAGUUUUUGGAUGUGGCCACAAGGAUUGGGUUUCCACGUACUUUAAGAUACCCAAGAUCCUGGACAAGUGUUUGGCAGAUGCAGGCGCAGACCGACUUGUCGAGAUGGGUCUUACAGAUGCAAGCACCGGCCGUUUGUAUUCCGACUUUGACGACUGGGAGAACCAGAAGCUCUUCGCCGAAUUCUCAAAGCGCCAAGGUGUCACACCAGUCGACGACUCUCAUCUCGAACUGAACGUCGCUGUCAUCAAGCCUCAAAACAAUGAUAUGGGCGGUAACUUCAGGCGCGCCGAGGUUAUUGAGAACACACUUCUCACACAUCCUGGAGUCUCCAGAAAGCACAGUCUAUUGCUGAAACUGCCCAAGGAUAUGGAGUACACACCUGGCGAUCAUGUUCUGGUUCUUCCCAAGAACCCGCCUCAGUUGGUGGAGAAGGCCAUGUCGUGCUUUGGGGUGGAUAGCGACACUGCUCUGACAAUCUCCUCCAAGAGGCCGACGUUCUUACCGACCGAUACCCCGAUUCUUACUUCUAGUCUUCUCAAUUCCCUUGUUGAGUUGUCUCAGACUGUUAGUCGGACAAGUCUAAAGCGACUGGCUGAUUUUGCUGACGAUGAUGAGACAAAGGCAUGCGUUGAGCGUCUCGCUGGAGAUGACUACACCGCUCAAGUUGAGGAGCAGCGGUUGUCUAUUCUGGACAUCCUACGCAAGUACCCGUCCAUCAACAUGCCUUUGUCGACGUUCUUAUCCAUGCUGCCUCAAAUGCGUCCCCGAACCUAUUCCUUCGCCUCGGCGCCGGAGUGGAAGCAAGGACACGGCAUGCUAUUGUUCUCUGUCGUCGAAGCUGAAGAGGGGCCAGUUGCUCGACUGGGCGGUCUUGCGACAAACUACAUGGCCCAAUUGAGACGUGGUGAUUAUGUGCUAGUGGAGCCGCGACCUUGCAGGCCCGAACUGCGCACAACGAUGAUGAUUCCCGAGCCAAAGGUGCCAAUCAUCAUGAUCGCUGUAGGCGCUGGGCUGGCACCAUUCCUUGGUUACUUGCAGAAGCGUUUCCUGCAAACACAGCAGAACCAGCGUAAUGAGCUUCCACCCUGCACUCUCCUCUUUGGUUGCAGAGGCCCAAAGAUGGAUGACAUCUGCCGCGAUCAACUUGACGAGUACUCUCGCGCAGGUGUUGUCUCUGUUCACCGAGCUUACAGUCGAGACCCAGACGCCGAGUGCAAGUAUGUGCAGGACUUGGUGAACAAGCAUGGUGAGACUUUGGCCAAACAGUGGGCUCAAGGUGCUGUUGUCAUGGUAUGCAGUGGAAAGAAGGUGUCUGAUGGAGUGAUGGAUGUUCUGAGCCCUAUACUCUUUGCUGAGGAGAAGAGGACGGGGAUGACAACCGCAGAUGGAGUUGAUGUCUGGAAACAGAAUGUACCCAAGGAGCGCAUGAUCUUGGAGGUGUUUGGGUAG